UCUGCUAGCGUUCACAUCACUCUUAGUAAUUACCUGGACGAUAUGUGUAAUUUCUCAAAAUUCUGCAAAGCUUUGGACCACUCUAAACACAGCCAUAUGUUUCCAUCCCUGGAACACAUCCAUGAAGUCCUCCUGUCCUGAAAUUCCAAUGAACAAGUCACCAACAGAGACAGAGCUGAAAGUCAGGGAGAUCCUGGAGAAGCUGGAUCGGCAGAUCCCUCCCAGACCCUUCACCCACCUCAACUACACCACAAGCGCCACACACAGUACAGCCACCAUCCUCAACCCUCAAGAUACAUACUGUGUGGGGGGCCAGCUGGACAUCCUAGUAGAGGCUAGAGACCACCUAGGAAACAGGAAGGGGUAUGGUGGGGACUUCCUGAGGGCCAGGAUGUCCUCCCCAGCCCUGAAGGCAGGCGCUUCUGGAAAGGUGACAGACUUCAACAAUGGCACCUACCUCAUCAGCUUCACUCUGUUCUGGGAGGGCCCGGUCUCCCUGUCUAUCCUGCUCGUGCACUCCAGUGAAGGAGUGUCAGCUCUCUGGAGAGCAAGGAAUGAAGGCUACGGCAGAAUUGCUUUCAAAGGUGCUUUUGUUAAUGGCACGUCCCAGGUCACAGCUGAAUGUGGCCUGAUGCUAGAGUCAAGCAGUGAGCUAUGCAAAUACCUGUACCGUGGCGGUGAGGAAGUCUUCUACUGCAUGAAACCUCGACACAUGCCCUGUGAGGCCCUGACCCACGUGUGUACCAGGCAGCAAGGUGUUUCUUAUCUCACUGCCAAAGAAAAAGACCUUUUUCAGAAGUCCAACAUAGGAGUUGAAAUGAUGAAGAACCCGAAGUCUAUUGCUGUCUCCCAAUGCAACAAGAGUGAGAAUGUGAGAAAGAAAUGUGAGUUCGGGAUGGAGGUUCCCACACCUAGCGGCUACACUUUCCAAGGAAGGUGGGUGUCGGCGCAGUGCACCCAGCGCCUGCUAAGCUCAAGUCAGAUAAACGACUGUCUGACAAGGAAGCUCAUUUACCUUCUGGGAGACUCCACACUGCGCCAAUGGAUCGAGUACUUUCCCAAGGUUGCACAAACAUUGAAGCCUUUUGACCUUCACGGGACUGGACUAUAUAAAAAACAUGUGCUUUUGGAUGCUGAAAGACACAUACUGGUUGAGUGGAAGAAACACAGCCACCCUUUCAUUACUGUGCAGCUCUACUCUGUGAUAGAUGAUGGCUACAUCCCUCAGGAAAUUGACCGCUUACCAGGUGACAAAGAUACUGUCAUAGUCAUUACCUUGGGCCAGCACUUCAGACCCUUCCCAAUGGAACUUUUCAUUCAUAGAGCCAUCAGUAUCCAAAAGGCUAUCGAACGGCUCUUCCUCAGAAGCCCUGAUACUAAAGUCAUCAUUAAGACAGAAAAUGUUAGGGAGCUGAACCUAGAUACAGAGAAAUUCGGAGACUUCCACGGUCUUAUUCAGUAUCUAACUGCAAAGGAGAUUUUCAAAGACCUGCGUGUGGGUACCGUUGAUGCCUGGGACAUGACCAUUGCGUGUGGUUCCAGUAAUCUCCAUCCAGCUGAUGACGUGAUUAGACAGCAGAUUGACGUGUUUUUAAACUACAUUUGCUAA